AUGGAUAGUUCUGAUUCAAGUAUUCAAUUGAUCAUUGACGGCGGGAGACACGUGUGUUACAAGUGUGGCAAAAGCUACAAGGAGAAGAGAACUCUGAAGUAUCACCUGAAGUACGAAUGCGGUGUGGAGCCUCAGUUCCGGUGUCCCCAAUGUCCUUAUCGUGCCAAGCAGAAGUCUAGUCUUAAAUCGCAUUUCGCGCUCAAACAUUUAAAUGAAAUAAACAAACAACGAUACUCUGCAUUUAUCGAUGGGAGAUUUGUUUGCUGUAAAUGCGGCAGACACUACAAAGAGCGAGGAAGUCUGAAAUCACACCAAAAGUUCGAGUGCGGCAAGGAGCCUCAGUUCCAGUGUCCGCAUUGUCCUUUCAGGGCUAAAAAGAACUGUAACCUCAGAGUCAUGUAG